AUGGAAACUUUGGCGGAAACUUGGGCGGAAGAGUGUACACUCACACAUCCUCGCAGGGAGGACCCAACGUACAAGAACACCGGUCAAAAUAUUGCUGCCACCUUUGGUGAAGAAUCUGUCGACUUUGAAUUUGUUAUCCGCUAUUGGUCCAACGAAAGGAAGGAUUAUGACUUCCAGCAUAACUCCUGUGCCCCAGGUAAAAAGUGUGGCCAUUACACUCAAGUUGUUUGGGCUAAUACGAGCAGUGUUGGGUGUGCCGUCAAGCAGUGUGAUGAUAAAUUUCCUGACCUCCCGCGGCCUGCACACGUGUAUGUUUGUCAGUAUUCACCCCGUGGCAAUUACAUUGGACAAAAACCGUACGAAGAAGGACCAAGUUGCCAGAAAUGUCCACGUGGGACACAUUGCCGUAACAAAUUGUGCUAUUAG